AUGGGUGUCAAGCUCGCGCAAUGUUCAGAAAAUAAAACCUGUGUUUGUAAAACACAAAAACUUUCUCAUGAUUAUCGAAUAUGCUUGAACGUAUUAGGUGAAGAUUGCUUAUCUGACAACGACUGUGCAUCUAAGAACUCAAUGUGUCUUGCUAAUAAGUGCCGAUGCCAGCCCGACUAUGUAGCCAUUUCUGAUUAUGAAUGCUUGCACGGUUUGUAUAUCUAA